AUGGAGGGUUGCGCCCAAUACGUCAAAAACUUGAACGCUGAGAAACACGCAGGACAGUAUCCGGCGGCGGCUAAAGCGAUCGUUAAGAACCACUAUGUGGACGAUAUGCUGGUGAGCACGGAGACGGAAGGCGAAGCGAUUCAACUAGCUCGAGACGUUCAUUAUGUUCACAUCCAAGCCGGAUUCGAAAUGUGUAAUUGGCUAUCCAACUCUCCUGCGGUUCUUGCAGCUCUGCAGAAGGAACAGAUCGACGAGAAGAGCCUGAGCAUUGGAUCGAAACUAGCCACAGAGAAAGUUCUAGGUAUGUGGUGGUGCACCGCAACAGACACACUAACAUUUAAGUUAUCGGCGAAGCAUGAUUCAGAUCUGUUGUUGGGAAGGCGGCGACCAACGAAGAGGGAAGUGUUGCGGACAUUGAUGGCCAUCUUCGAUCCUCUGGGUUUACUUUCACACUUGUUGAUUUUCCUCAGGGUUCUGCUGCAAGAAAUUUGGCGCUCCGCCAUCGGCUGGGAUGAUGAAAUUCCAGAUAAUAUCAACGAAAAAUGGGAAAAGUGGUUAAAGGUUCUCCCGUCAGUACAGCAUGUCCGUGUGCCGAGAUGCUACCGGCAAAGCACAUCGAUAAAUCAAACAACUAAUGUGCAAUUACACACUUUCGUCGACGCCAGCGAGUACGGUUAUGCAGCCGUAGUGUAUCUACGCUUCGAGCUCGAGCUACAGGCUGCAGUCAUAGGAGCACGACUUGCGAAUACCGCAACUAGUAAUUUCACAUUUAAGGUGGAUGAGAAAUUUUUCUGGACGGACUCUCGUGAUGUGUUGUGCUGGAUUCGGUCUGAUCAUCGUCGGUACUCCCAAUUUGUGGCUUUCCGUGUUAGCGAUAUCUUGGAAACUAGUGGAAUUGCAGAUUGGAGAUGGGUUGGUACAAAAGACAACGUUGCGGACGAAGCUACGAAGUGGCAACGUUUGCCAAAUCUCGGAAGCGAGAGUCGAUGGUUCAACGGACCGGAGUUCAUACGACAGAAGCGCGAUAAUUGGCCAGUCGAGCCGUUCACAACUGGUUCUACUAGGGAGGAAGUGCGUCAACAUAUGUUUCACCAUAGAAUGGUUACAGAUUCGUGUAUAAACGUGGAGUAUUUCGACAACUGGAAACGAUUAGUCGGAACUGUAGCUUUCGUUUUCCGAUUCCUUCACAACUGUCACAGCAAGGCUAAGGGAAUCCAGCGUGAUCACGGGCCGUUAAGUAGCAAAGCACUACAGCAAGCAUCGAACUACCUUCUCAGGCGCGCGCAGGAAGAAUCUUUUCCCGAGGAAGUGGAAAUUUUAUCUGGGAAUACAAUUACCAAGAGGGCGAUCUGUAAGCAGAGCAGAAUAUAUAAGAUGAAUCCCUUUAUUGACGAAGAACGAGUGAUGCGAAUGCGAGGCAGAAUCGGCAGAUGCGAGUAUGCUACGAUGGACGCGCAGAAUCCAAUAAUUCUUCCAAAAGACCAUUAUAUUACAAAACUGAUUGUGCGGGACUGUCACGAGCGUUAUCACCAUCAAAAUCAUGAGACUGUGGUUAAUGAGCUUCGGCAGGUGUUUAGAAUACCGAAAUUGCGUGUGGUAUUUCGGAACGUGAGGGCAAAUUGUCAAUGGUGUAAAAAUCAGAAAGCUAUUCCUCAAGCACCCUUAAUGGGUGAUCUCCCAAUGGCUAGACUGGCGGCAUUCAACAGACCAUUCACCUUUGCGGGGGUUGACUACUUUGGUCCGAUUAUGGUGGCGGUAGGGCGAAGGUCAGAAAAACGGUGGGGGGUACUAGUGACAUGCUUGACGACACGGGCGGUAUACAUAGAGGUUGCACAUACGCUCAGUGCGGACUCCUGCAUAAUGGCCAUCCGAAACUUUAUGGUGCGACGUGGCGUACCGCAGCAAAUAUACAGUGACCGCGGGACGAACUGCGUGGCUGCAAGCAAGGAACUCGAUGCUGCUCUUGCGGAGUUAGAUCAAGAGAGAGUUAUUCGAGAAAUUGUCAGUUCCAAUACCGAAUGGUGCUUCCUGCCUCCAGCUUCUCCUCAUAUGGGAGGAUCCUGGGAGAGACUUAUCCAGACAGUGAAGCGUAAUCUGCAGCAGAUCCAGCCAUUGCGUCCUCUUAGCGACGAAAUUCUGCGAAAUUUGUUCGUCGAGAUCGAAGGCACCAUUAACGCACGUCCGUUGACUCACGUGCCUGCGGACGAUCCAGAGGCUACUGUCCUUACUCCAAACCACUUUAUUUUGGGUUCUUCCAGCGGCCUGAAACCGGCAACGCUGUUCGACGAUAGCGCGGCGAAUUUGAGACGCUCGUGGCGAUCUUCGCAAGUGGAGGCGAACAUCUUCUGA